AACUGUACAGUUUAUAUUGCAGUAAAGUCUUUGAAUAGUGAUAUUUUAUUUAGUCAAGUUGAACACUAAUAUCCUGAUUUAGUCCAGUUGAACAACGAACUGUAUAUCCUGGAUUAGUUUUGAGAGAAGGGCUGGUAUAUACUGGUUAAGGUUAAGUAUGGAGCUGCGGAGUACAAACUAUCCGUUCCUUGUCUGUCUACUGGCCUACCUAUACUACAUAAACUUCAUCAAUUUCAAGGUUAAGCUGUUAGUCCUGUUUAUUGGAUGGGUGACCACAGGAGGGGGAUAUAUUCUCUACUUAACCUAUCACACGCUAGGAAGAGACUUCCGUUUAUUAAUUCGAGGAAUACCAAUCCUUCUCAGUCUUGUCAGAAUAAAAAGACGACAUAUGACGGUUCCUAAAGUGUUCCGUGAAAAUAUGCUACAGAGACCAGACAAGAUUAUGUUUUUUGAUUCAGACUCUCAUCUGACCUUCAGGGGAGUAGAGGAGCUGAGUAACAGGGUUGGAAACCUGCUCCUAUCUCAUGGUUUUAUCAAGGGAGACACUAUUGCUCUACUCAUGGAGAACAGGAUUGAAUAUAUCCCAAUAUGGAUCGGGAUGGCCAAGGAAUUCAUUCAUUUAUUUUGUGCUUUGUCACCAAAAUUUCAACUUGAAUGUUCUGCAGCUAUACUGGACAUAUCCUCUGAGCUGAAAACCAAGGAUGGAUUCAAGGUUUACUGUUUUGAUGGAUCCCCGGCCACAGAUAACAACUGGAUUGACAUGAAAAAGGACCUGGAGAAAUCUAGCUGUGAACCUGAACAUAAAGAGAUUGCAGAUUCCAUAAAGUUUAAUGAUCCUCUACUGUAUAUCUAUACUAGUGGAACUACUGGACUACCAAAGGCUGUUGUAAUUAAACAUUUUCGCCAGCUCUUUGUAAUGGUUGCAGCUCAUAAAGCCAUAGGUUUGUCCAGUGAUGAUGUUAUUUAUUGCCAUUUGCCGCUUUAUCACUCAAGCGGGGGACAGAUUGCCACCGGCAGCGCCGUCAUGUAUGGCACCAAGACCUUCAUCAAGAAGAAGUUCUCCGCCAGCGCUUUCUGGAAGGACUGCGUCACCUACAAUAUCACGGCCACCCAAUAUAUCGGGGAAAUAUGCAGAUAUCUCCUGGCAUCUCCCUCCCAUCCAGAGGAGAAAUUACAUCAAGUUUCCAGAAUGUUUGGGAACGGUUUACGUCCUCAGAUCUGGGAAGAAUUUGUAUCCAGGUUUAAUAUCAAGAAUAUCUCAGAGUUCUAUGGAGCAACGGAGGGAAACUCUAAUGUAGUGAAUAAUGAGAAUAAGGUUGGAGCUGUGGGAUUUGUAGGAGUUAUUGAACCACGUUGGCUUCAGGAGAUCCUACUUCCUCUGAUGAUAAUUAAGGUUGAUCCCGUUUCUGGUGAACCUAUCAGGGAUCAGGAUGGAUGCUGUAUUCGUUGCAAACCAGGAGAGGCAGGGGAGUUUGUUGGAAAGAUUGUAAAAGGAGAUCCUAUCAAAGAAUUUAAUGGAUACAAGAGUAAGAGUGAUACAGAGAAGAAGAUUCUAAGAAACGUGGUGAGGAGAGGGGACAUGUAUUUCCGCUCCGGGGAUAUCAUGUGUAUGGAUGAGUUCGGUUGGAUCUAUUUUAUGGAUAGAGCAGGAGACACGUUCAGGUGGAAGGGUGAGAAUGUUUCAACUGCAGAGGUUGAGGUUACUGUUAGUAAACUUCUUGAUGGACUUGCAGUUGUAGCUUACGGAGUACAGAUCCCUGGUCUGGAGGGUAGAGCCGGCAUGGUUUGUAUCCAGGCGGAGAGUAGUUCAAUAGACCUGGAGAAGAUGAUCUUAGAACUAUCCAACCAGCUCCCGUCCUAUGCUAGACCAAUCUUCUAUAGGUUCAGCCAGGACCUUGAUAUUACAGGAACCUACAAACUGAAGAAGGUUAAGCUAUGCGAGGAGGGGUUUAAUAUAUGCUGUGUAUCCGACCCUAUCCUAUUCCUGGAUAGAAACCUCAAGCUACAUACACUAAACCAGGAUAUUUACAACUCAAUCAUAGACGGGACAAUCAAACUUUAGAUAAUCUUGAAUCUACCAAGGGUUGUUGUAUUGUUAUAUUGUUCAAUAAAUAUAUUUUCUUCUAUUCAAUCAAACUUUAGAUAAUCUUGAAUCUGCCAAGGGUUGUUGUAUUGUUAUGUUGUUCAAUAAAUAUAUUUUCUUCUAUUCAAUCAAACUUUAGAUAAUCUUGAAUCUACCAAGGGUUGUUGUAUUGUUAUAUUGUUCAAUAAAUAUAUUUUCUUCUAUUCAAUCAAACUUUAGAUAAUCUUGAAUCUACCAAGGGUUGUUGUAUUGUUAUAUUGUUCAAUAAAUAUAUUUUCUUCUAUUCAA